AUGUUCAGCCCCAGCAGUGAGAACAAGGUCUCUCUAGUCACUUCUAAUGAGAAACGCGAGCUUGAACUAGCCCAAAUGAAAGCUCGCUACAAGGAAGAGAGAGAGAAACGUCUCCGUGAUGACGGAAACGCACAGUUCAUUGAAGUCGCAAAGUCUCCUCAGUAUGAACGUUUCGCCGAUGACCCAUGGAUUGACCCGGCAGCAGUGCAGCCUCCUCUUCAAGAGAAGUUCCCCGAUAACCGAAGCGAGAUGCUGAUCGUCGGUGCCGGAUGGGGUGGGGUACAACAUGCUAUCCGUAUGAUUCAGACGGGCAUACCUGCCGAAGAUAUUCGCAUUAUCGACCCAGCUGGUGGCUUCGGGGGCACUUGGUACUGGAAUCGGUACCCCGGGCUUAUGUGCGAUAUUGAGAGCUACACCUAUCUUCCAUACCUGGAGGAGACGGGAUACGUACCCAAAAACCGUUAUUCAGAAGGUGAAGAGAUCCGGGAGUACGUUAAUCUUGUUGCGCGGAAAUGGGGACUGGUAGACUCUGCUGUUUUCCAAACCCAGGCACAGAAGAUGGUGUGGGAUGAAGAUGCCAAAGAAUGGUUGGUUGAUCUUAUCCAAUAUCGCAAGGGCCAAUCGCCAGAGACUCUCCAGAUUCGUUCUAAAUUUGUCACUAUUGCUGCUGGCGUGCUCAACUGGCCGAAGCUGCCGAACAUCCCGGGGAUUCUGGACUACCAGGGUGAUAUGUUUCAUUCUGCUCGUUGGGCAUAUGAUAUCACUGGUGGAUCUCCAAAAGACCCAUCACUCACCAAGUUAAAGGACAAGCGGGUGAUUAUUGUCGGCACAGGAGCGACAGCGGUACAGAUUGUCCCACGGCUCGCGGAAUGGUGCAAGCAUCUCUACGUUGUACAGCGGACGCCGGCCUCUGUGGAUGUUCGUGAUCAGCGAGAGACUAGUGAGGCAUGGUUCUAUGAAGAGGUUGCACGAUCGAAAGGAUGGCAAAGAGAACGAAUUCGCAACUUCCACCAACAUUUCACUCCUAGCGAGAGCGAGCUACCAGCAGUCAACCUAGUCAAUGAUGGAUGGACUCGCGCUCCUGGCCUCGUCGGUCUGACUGGGUAUACAGAGGGACCCAAAUCACCCGAAGAAAUCCCAGCAUACGUGACAAGACUGAUUGAAAUCGACGCCCCCCGUCAAAGCCGCAUUCACGCUCGUGUGGACCAAGAGGUGCAGGAUCCUGCCAUUGCAGAAAAAUUGAAACCCUGGUAUCCUGUAUGGUGUAAGCGUCCUCUAUUUCACGACGACUACCUCAAGACCUUCAACCGAGACAACGUGACUCUUGUUGAUACCGACGGCAAAGGAAUCGACCGGAUGACGACGGACUCUCUUAUUAUUGGCGAGGAGACCUACCAAGCCGAUAUAGUCGUCUUUGCAACAGGCUUCCUUGCUCCGCCUGCUGGCACGCCAGCCGAAAAAGCAAACAUGUCAGUCAUAGGGUUGAACGGGGUCUCCAUGAGCGAGGAGUGGUCUCGCUUCGGGCCUACAACACUGCAUGGUGUCAUCGAUGCCAAAUUCCCCAAUUUAUUCCUCUCCGGACCUAACCAGGCUUCCACAAGCGGAAACUAUCGCUUUAGCCUCGAUGAGUACGCCAAACAUGUAUCGUACAUAUUGGCCGAAGCAAAGCGAAGAGCUAAUAAUGCGCACUUCGUGGUCGCACCGUCUGAUGAAGCAGCAGAAGAUUGGGCCAUGCAAGUUUUGAUGCGUUCUGCACCACUUAGCGUUGCAAUCGGAUGCACGCCGGGGUACUUCAAUCUAGAGGGUGACCUUGAUCGUGUGUUACAAGAGCCCGAGCGACAGAUGGUCCUAGCGCGGUCAAGUAUUUGGGGCUCAGGGAUCGAGCAUUGGCUUGAUGUUAUUGAGAAGUGGCGAGCCGACGGCGACAUGAGGGGUAUUGUGAUGCGUUGA